GCCGGCGCCGCCCGAUCGGCAGCGGCACGAGGCUGGGGACGGCGCCGCGGCGGCCCGCAGGAUGGGCGGCAGGGCCGGCUUCUUCGAGGUGGAAAUCCUUGACUGGAAGACAAAGGAACAGCUAUGCUUCCUAGAUAAGGUGGAACCAAAUGCUACAAUUAGGGAGAUAAGAUCAAUGUUCCAUAAAUUAUAUCCCCAGUGGUAUCCAGCAAGACAGUCAAUAAAACUUGAUCCAAAAGGAAAGUCCCUGAGGAAUGAGGAAAUCCUGCAGCACCUCCCUGUUGGCACAACUGCUACUUUAUACUUUAAAGAUUUAGGGCCACAGAUAGGAUGGACUACGGUAUUUUUGAUAGAAUAUACAGGUCCAUUGUUCAUCUAUUUUCUGUUUUAUUUCCGCAUGCCUUUUGUGUAUGGACUGGAUGAGAGGUUUACAUCAAGCCCACAUCCAGUAGUUAACUUGGCAUGUAUCUGCCAUUCUUUCCACUACAUCAAAAGGUUGAUUGAAACAAUAUUUGUUCAUCGGUUCUCCCAUGGGACUAUGCCUCUGAGGAAUAUUGUGAAGAACUGUUUGUAUUACUGGGGAUUUGCAGCUUGGCUUGCUUAUUACAUCAAUCAUCCUCUUUACACUCCUCCUUCUUAUGGGAAAAAACAGAUUAAUUUUGCUGUGAUCAUGUUUCUGCUAUGUGAAGCUGGAAAUUUUUCCAUUCAUGUUGCACUUAGUGACCUCCGGAGAGAUGGGUCCAAAACUCGUAAGAUCCCAUAUCCAACAAAGAAUCCUUUCACAUGGCUGUUUUUCUUUGUAUCUUGCCCUAACUAUACCUAUGAGGUGGGGACAUGGAUCAGUUUCACUAUCAUGACUCAAUGCGUUCCAGUGGGGCUGUUCACCUUGCUUUGCUUCAUUCAGAUGACAAUCUGGGCAAAGGAUAAACACUAUACCUACCUACGAGAAUUCAAGGAUUAUCCAAGUGUUCGAAUGCCAAUUAUUCCUUUUUUGUUGUAAGAAAAGUUCAGUUUCAAGAUUGCAUAGAACUUGAAGAAGAAAAAGCUCAUGGAUUUUUUUAUUCAUAAAUCUCCUGCCAAAUAAGUGAAUUAAUUGAAAUGAUUCUGGUGUACGCUAAAUCUCCACUGCUGAGAGAAACUAUACUUCCUUAUAUUCAAGAAUUCUUCAAUUCAGAAGCACCUUCAAAAAAUAAGGCUUCAUUGCAGAGCUGGUAGCCAAAAGCCCCUAUAGUUCACUGCAUCCUGGUUGACUGAGAUUUUCCUGCACUAGUCCAUUUAGAUUGAUACAUCAGAGAUACUGAUAAGCUUGUUCUGAAAAGCAGCUCCAAAUUUAGUAGUGGCAUUCUGCAAGACUGUGACAUAAGUACAUUGGAAUGAGGACAUAGCAGCCAACUACAAGAAAGCUCAACUCAUACAGUAUGGCCAGCAGGCCUGAAGACAGUUGCAUGUUUUGCCUUUUUUGACUUGAAAAAGAGAGUGUUCUGCCUGGAGGCAGGUACUUUGUGACAAACAACAUUACCAAAGAAUAUGAAUGGCUCCUGGAAUAAAGAAUUAGGCAGUCUCUCAAAUACCUGCUUUGGGUCUAAGCUAUAAUUUGCAAAUUGGAUCUAAAGAAAGAAGAAUUUGUGGAUAUAACAUCCAU